AUGAUGAGGCGUUUUACCGGAGAAAGGGAAAUGGUGAGGCAUGCAAAAACAAGAUUCGCAACUGCUUUCCUCACUUUAUCUAGGAUUUAUCAACAAAAGAACAAUUUGAGGAAGAUGUUCAUUUCAGAAGAAUGGACAUCUAGCAAAUGGGCAAAGGAGCAAUUAGGCAAAGAAGUGGCAAGAUAUGUUAUGUUCGCUUCUUUUUGGAAUAAUAUCGUUUACGCUCUUAAGGUCGUUGGUCCUCUUGUGAAGGUGUUGAGAUUGGCUGAUAGCGAGAGAAAGCCUCCCAUGGGAUACAUCUAUAAAGCUAUGGAUAGGGCAAAAGAAGCCAUAGCCAAAUCAUUUGGCGAAAAGGUUGAAAAAUACCAAGACAUCUAUGCUAUUAUUGACAAUAGAUGGGCAAUCCAGUUGCAUAGUCCUUUGCAUGCUGCGGUUCAUUUUUUGAAUCUGGAGUUCUUUUACUCAAACCCACAAAUUGAGCAAGAUGUUGAGGUUAUGACAGGGAUAUACGAUUGCAUAACAAAGUUGAUUGCAAAUGAAGAGAUACAAAAUAAAUCACUUCUGCGAUGACUGUUUACAUGAAAGCUGAGGGACUUUUUGGACCACUACCAAUUAGGCAAAGAAAUACAAGGGCACCAAGUAAUUUACAAUUUCACGGUAUAUUCUAUUCAUAAUUUAUUUCACCAUAACUUGAUGGCCAAUUAGUUCAAAACUUCAAAUGCAUAGCUGAUUGGUGGGUUGCAUAUGGUUCUACGAUACCUAAUUUGCAAAAGUUUGCGAUAAGAGUUCUUAGCCUUACAUGUAGUUCUUCCGGUUGUGAACGGAAUUGGAGUGUAUUUGAAAAUGUAAGGACGUACGUCAAAUAACAUAUACAACUAUUAAUUGUUUUCACCUCCUUGUA